AUGGAUUGGAAAACUUUGCAUGGUUACAUUGAGGUGUCACCUUUCAUGCUCUUGGAGUCCACCGGUGAUUCUGAACAAGACUCUGAUCUCAGCAAUUCUUCGUUUGAUGACGAUGAUGACGUUCAAGUAACACCUUAUGAUGAGGUUGAUGAUGCUCAAUCUUGCUGCUCCGAUCCUUCUGAGAUUGAAAACGUUUAUGACAAUGAUCAAUUUGGAGAAUGCUCUUACGACUCCAACAAAAUUGAUCUAAAACGCGUGCGGAGUCGUGAUGAUUAUGAUUUUAAUUACAGACAUCAGAAUGAUGAAGAUGAAGACGACGAUGAUGGUGCCAUCGAUCAAGAAUGUACAAGUCGAAAUGUGGAAUUUGGUUAUUUAAGAACGCAGAAGAAGUGUAAGGUGUAUGGUGAUUGUAAAAUGGAGCCAGUGAAGAAACAAGAGACAGACAAGCUGUUCUGGGAUGCAUGCUUAGCUUCUUGA